AGGCUCUCAUCGCAGAGAGGCGGCGCUGGGGGAGAGAGUGACAGGGGCAGUCCCUCCCCUGUGCACCGGGGAGAGGAGGAAGGGGGAAGAGAGGAGGAGGAGAGAAACAGGAAAGGCGGGGGUAAGAGGGUGGAGGAGAGCGGGGGAAGGCGGCAGCAGCACGACAGACACCCGGCCGCUGGAAGCAGCAGCCUGCGGCAGCUGGAACCUGCCCGCUCGCCUCCCCCCAGCUACAGCAGCCCGGGGCAGAAGCCGGAGGAGUUUCCGAGCAAAUCUGAUUGGUUCGGGGGGAGCUGGAGCGCGGCCCCCACCCUCCCACUUCUGCUCCUUGGCAGUGAGAUUGACAGGGAGCCCCGGGAGCUGCCUGCCGCGUGGGGUGCGCAGGCGAAGAGGCGGCGGGAGGAGCUGCGAUGAAGCCCUGCGAAGAGGAGGGGCUGGGGGCUGCGGCCGGAGGGGACCCCUGGCAGGAGUGUAUGGAGGUGGCGGUGCAGCUGGCGCGCCGGGCUGGGCAGAUUAUUAGGAAAGCUCUUACAGAGGAAAAACAAGUGUCUACAAAAACAUCUGCAGCUGAUCUUGUGACAGAAACUGAUAAUUUUGUGGAAAAUGUGAUUAUUUCUGCUCUGAAAGAGAAGUUUCCCUCCCACAGGUUUAUUGGAGAAGAGUCCACUGCUGCUGGUUCAAAGUGUGUCCUCACUGACAAUCCUACCUGGAUUAUUGAUCCCAUUGAUGGAACCUGCAAUUUUGUGCACAGGUUUCCAACAGUGGCAGUUAGCAUUGGAUUUGCUGUUAACCAAGAGCUUGAAUUUGGUGUAAUUUACCAUUGCACUGAAGAACGAUUAUAUACUGGUAGAAGAGGUCAAGGGGCAUUUUGUAAUGAAAAAAGGCUUCAGGUAUCAAAAGAGACAGAUAAGUCGAAGGCCUUGAUCUUAACAGAAAUUGGUCCAAAACGUGACCCUGAGACUUUGAAAUUGUUCCUCGGUAACAUGGAGAGCUUACUCAAAGCCCAAGUACAUGGGAUCCGUGUAAUUGGAAGUGCUACCUUGGCUCUGUGCCAUCUAGCAUCUGGUGCUGCAGAUGCAUAUUACCAGUUUGGUUUACAUUGCUGGGACUUGGCAGCAGCUACUGUCAUUAUUAGAGAGGCAGGUGGUAUUGUGAUAGAUACUUCAGGGGGACCUCUAGAUCUCAUGUCAUGCCGAGUGAUUGCUGCUGGCACUAAAGAGAUGGCCAUGUUCUUAGCUCAGGAAAUACAGACUAUUCACUACAGACGGGAUGAUGAGAACUGACGGACAUUAAAUACUUUUACAAGUAACAUGGAGUUUGUCCUUCUAAACUACUUAACUUCUUCCAAGAUGGGUGUCUUAGAGGGUACAUGAUUUUAACAGCAUGUUUUCUGUGCAGGUCUUUUGUGUCAAAUGUUUUAAACAAUUUUAUUACAAGGUGGCUUCCCAACAUUGUAGGGCGGGAGGAGGGAGAUUUUUAAAACCUCUAAGAUUUGUGGCUUCUUUUUAAUAUGCAUCUAUUUCAGCAGUACCUUUUAUAUAUGAUCACCUGUAGCGCUUGUUGCCAGAUUCGAAGUUUCACAUCUGUUCAGGCUAAAACGGAGUCUUUUGGAACAUAUUCAACUAAAAAGAAAACUUUAUUUUUACAAAACACAGAUCUCAGGUAAAUGAGCUUUAGGAUUGUAGUAGAUGAUAAGUAGUUAAAAUGUGUGCCUACCAUACCCAUAUUCAACAGUACUUGAGAAUGCAAUAAAAAGUGUUAUUACUCCAUUUCUCUUUUCCAACUAUAUCAUGACCAUAUAUAUGUAUAUUUUGGAUGUUUACAGUGAUUUACAAAGUGUACAGAAGGAGGUGAUUUUAGGUAUUUGUUUCAAGGAAGAGUAUAUAUUCACUUUAUGAAUGCAGUGGGAGUUACCUACAUGGUUAAUAACAGAGCUGCUAAAAAAAUGGGAAAUAUUUCAUGAUUUUUUUUUUCAAAUUGUCCAACCAACUCUAGCUUAUAGAGAAUGUUAACCAAUUGGGACCAAAUCUUACAGUCCUUACUGAACCCUUACUGAGAGCUCAAACCUGAAAACAUUUACUAUCAUGGAGUAGCUGUGACUAGUGGGCAAGUGCUUACUACCAUGAGUAUUGAAGUCUAUGGGGACUAUUCACAAUGGUAAAUACUAUACAUGGUAGUUAGUUCUGGAGAAUAGGGCCCUAUGUCAAGGAACUAUUGACUUCAGUGGAAGUUUUGCCCAAGAAGAAACAGCAUGAUUUGGUGUUAAGGGGUAAAUUGUAAAAAUUGCCACCUUAGUUGUGCUUGCAAAAGGCUAAUUGUAAACGUAAAGUAUUCAUUUUGCACGUACAAUUGUAGUCACCUUCAGAAUAUCUGGAAACCUUGUAAAGUAAAUGACUAAAUCUAAAAGAACAAAAAUUCUGUGCAACUCUAGUUUUGUGUUUGGCACUUUUUUUAAAAUCAAGUUCAUUUUUUCGCCUUCCUCUGUAGCAUGGGGCACGGGUCACUUGCUGGAGGAUUCUCUGCUCCUUGAAGUCUUUAAACCACUAUUUGAGGACUUCAAUAGCACAGACAUAGGUGAGAGGUUUUUUGCAGGAGUGGUGGGUGAAGUUUUGUGGCCUGCGUUGUGCAGGGGGUCGGACUGGAUGAUCAUAAUGGUCUCUUCUGACCUAAAUAUCUAUGAAUCUAUGAUACUUACUAUUUUUUUUAAAAGAAAUCAUAUCAUCUGACACUACUGAACUUCUUAAAUGUUAGUGUCCAGAAAAGAAUCUGAGAUUAAACAUGGGGACUUACCUCUAGUUUUUCUAUUGAUGUUGCGAAUUCAAAUCUACAAUUAUUUUUGAAUAAUACAAAGAAACAAAAAGGCCCACAAAAUACACAUAGGUCUAAAUUUUCAAAAUCUGUUCCUAAAUUGCACAUGCAGAUUAUGUAAAUGUGCACGUAAACUGCGAUGAGAAACUGGAAAUUGAGUGUACAGUUAUCCAUUUUGCAUGCACAACUAAAGAACACAUUGUUAAAAAUAUUAGCCAUUGUACAUGCCUUUUUAUUUUCUUCUGUGAAAAAUGUUUUUCAUUACGAGUAUAACUUGUAUACUGUAUUUUUUAAAAUGAGAAAUGCAAAAUUCUGGCUGUGGAGAGAAUGGCUAAAAUAUAGGGCCCUGAUUUAGCAAAGCAUUUAAGCACAUGCUUAAGUCUCAUUGGCCCUGAUUCUCCUCUCCAUCAAAGCACCUCAGACGCAGAGGACAAUGACAGAUUCAGGAAGCUGGCUGUAAUUCCCUGAUCUCCGGCCACUUAGCCGGGACAGAAGACAGAGUAGGCCCCCUGCUGCUCUAGCUUCUGCCACUGAUUGAUGUAAGCUUGGUAAAUGAGCUUACACCUGCAGGGAAUCAGAGGUAGUGGAGUUCAGCUCACCAGCCUAUCCCAACAAGCUUCCUUCUUUUCCUUAUGCCAGAGAGAGAGCUGGUUUAAGAGGUGUCUAUACCACCUCUACCAGCUUUACAUCAGUAGAGAUUCCUUGUACACAGGAAGACUCUCUGCCUGGUUUAAAUUCACUCUGCACCACUUACAUGAUGCACUUAAUGGAUGAAAGAAUCCUGUCCACUGAUUUUCAUGGCAUUUGAGCACACUUAAGUGCUUUGCUGAAUUGGGGCCUCAGUGAGGUGGGAAGGGGAAUGUCCAGAAAUCCAGUCUCAGAUUCACCUGUUACUGUCUUGGAUAAAACAUUAUUUUUUAAAAAUAAAUAGAGAGCUUGUUCUGAGAGUUGAUGAGCGCCUCAGACUCCUACUGAUGUUAGUGGAGUCGCAGCUGAUCAGUAGCUUAAGGAGAAGGCCCAGAGUUUGCAGUGCCAUUGGCCACGGUGAUUCUCACAUUUUACUUAGAAUUAUUAAUUAGCUGACAGUUCUUAGAGGUAAAUCUUGUCCUCGAUUUUGACUUUCCCUUCCAUCUUUCCUUGCUUGCUAGCUAAAGCUCUCUUUUGUAGGCAUAUUCCUUACUGUAGACUUUCCAUUCUAAGGUUUAAAUUAAUACCGUGUGUAUAGCAUGGGAGCCAAAUCUGUACGUGUUUAAUUAGGACUCUUUUUUUCCUUCAAUAAAAUAAGGUUGGUAGCUACUCUUUAACCAGCAGUUAUAAAAUUAGUAUUUUUAAAACAAUGAAGAUGUGAAAGGUUACAAUCCAUUUCACAUGCUUUGGGUUGUUUUUACAACACGUUUCAGGCGUUAGAUUAUUUUGGAGGCCAGUUUCUGAAACCAGAGGCAAUAUUUAAAUAUGAACAAAGAUGAUAAGUUAUAAAUGUUGAGAACAAGUGUUUCCUAUCCUGAAUGUCAUAACCUGUGCUGGCAUUUCUUCCAUGUUCGUAUCCCAGUGAAAGUUGGUGGAGAUUUCAGAAGAGAGUAAGGAGAAGCCAUGGGCAUCUCUGAUACACUAAAGGAUAUUUUUUUGUGGUGUCAUACUCUUGUGUCCCUAGUGUAUUCAGGAUGAAAAAUAGUUUGUUUUACAAACAAUCUAAUCAUUUUAAUUACAGGACAGUCAUUUGUAAAUGUAUUUAAAAAUGUACUUUUAGGGGUUGAAGAUGCUUUUUUCAUUUCCACCCAGAAAAUUAUAUAAAUGUAUUCAUCUUUUUUUUUACGUUAUCAGAAUGUGGCUGCAAUUGGAUCUAUGCAGGCAGAUUCUGCACCUUUGCAGAGCCUUAUUGAAAUCAUGAGUUUGCCUGCAUGAAUCAGGCCUACAUGUUUUUCCAGCUGUUGGAAAAAAAUUCAAAAAUGCUUGUUUUGUGCUUGGAUAACUCAAAAACAACUGUUUUAAAUCUCUAGGCUUUAUAGUAUUUAAUCUGAAAUGAAAACUAGUGCCUUUGCCAUAUAAAAAUAAUGUGGUUUUGAAAAAAACAAAAUCAUGGGCAUUUUAAAACAGUAUAUGGCAUGUGCAUAGAACACUCAGUUCUAUUUGUAGAAACAUAAAGGAAGCUAGUAUGUGUCAAACGUCUGCAGUUAUGAAUAUCUUAGACCACAUGUGUGUAACUGGGUGACUAGAUCUUUAUUUACACUGCAAGUGUGUACAUGCUCUGAAUAGAUUAUAUCUUUUAUUCAAGGGAGUGCUGCUCAGCAUCCUAUUCCUUUACUUUUCAGUCUGUCACCUGCACAAUGGUUUAGAACAUUUUAAAUCUACUGUUUUGGUAUAAUAAUCUGAAAUAAUAAUGUACAAUUCAUGUAUAAGUGCAUUCUGGUGUGAACAAACAAACUACGGGAAUAACAGUAAACUGCAGAUAAAGUAAAGUGUUCCAUUACAUGAUCACACAGCAUAGAGAAAUGUGAUAUACUGUUCACCAAAUACUAAGUAACAUAGAAAGGAACUCCAUCUUUUUCUAUAACAUUUAGCACAUAUAACAAAAGCACUAUGUAUUUCUGUCAUGUGGCAUACUAACGUACAGCUUUUACACAUCCCCAGGUUUUGAUCUGUAACAUGUUACAGACACCACAGUUUGCAUGCACCAGUAAUGUCAAGACUCUAAUACACUACACCCUAUUGAACUGGUUACAUAUUUAACAUUUUCUAUUGCCAUUGUCCUUAUAAGGAGGUGGGGCAGAAAAGCCAAUAAAUGCUCAAGUUUUCAAUAACAUAUCCCUUAAAAUCAUCCCAUCCCAGUCCACUGCAGUCAAGGAAUUGCACCUGUUUACAACAGAGCAUUUUUAGCCCUAGAAAUACUACUGAGGUAAAACAUUCAUGGUGCUACAGAGGGAGUGUCUCUUAUCGCUGAACAAUUACUUCGGAUUUAGAGUGUGCAGUGCCCAGUUUACUCCAGAAGGAAUACUGUCCACUUCUUAGGAGAGGCCACUGACAGUUGAUAAGAUCAAGAUCAUCAUUAAUGGAAACUUAUAUCAGCAGCUGUUACAAAAAUAUUGUUCACUUAUUUUCCUGCACUCUGUCAGUGCUGUGUAUAACACUUAAUGGGGUAAUAUAAACCCAGUUAGUAACUCUCAGUUUGAAAUUAUUUUAAAUGUUUUUGUAACAAUCUAUUUUUCAAUGAGAAAAGGAUUAUAAUCUGCAUUAAACAUACGGUAGACAGAAAUUGAGAGACAGAGUCUAUUUCUCUGCUUUAUGAACUCUACGUGCAAAAACAUGGAAAUUUAGACAUACACAAGGUUAAGUGGUUGUAGGUUUGGUGUGGGUUGUUUGUUUGUGAAUGGCUUUGCUGGCAGCCAAAUAUCUUAGAAAAAUUCAAAGAAGGAUUCGUUAUUGGAAAGAAGAUAGCACAUUCAGGCACACAGGCUAGGAUAAAAAUUUAUAAGGGCUGUAGACAGAGCCUCAUGCUUCAAGGUACAAGAUGAUUACUAUCCUGAAUGCUAAAAAUGUCAGGAUUAAAAAGUAAAUAGUAUUGAACUGCACAGAGUGAAUUUAGGGGGAAGAGUUUACACUUCCUUCCUCUAAAACUUCAAGUAUUGACCUCCAUCAUAGACAAGAUAUCACAGUAUCUGGACCACUGGUGUGUUCUUAUUUGAGUGAGGAAAACAUUGAAUUGUGAAACCCUCUCUGAGUAGCACUUGAGCCCUGGUGCUUCCAACAGACAAAAGCUGUAAGAGUACCAUUGUCUCUCCUAAAUAAUCAAAGGUGUUAAUAAACUCCUAAUCAUGGAGGGUAAAAUUUUCAAAAGUGCCUUAAUGACUCAGGAGUCUAAGUCCCAUUGACUUUGAAUAGGACUUAGGCACCUAAUUGAUGUAGGCACUUCUGAACAUUUUACCCUGAAUGUUUAUCUAGCUCUUGUUUGUUUAACACAAAAAAGUACAUCAGAAAGUGAGCAAGGUUUGACAGAGAAUAAAACACAGCAUAAUUUCAAGGAUCGAUUCUUGUAAUAAGCACUGACCCAAAGAUCUAAAAAAAUCUGUUUAGCUCAUACAUCAACAUCUUUUACUAUGACAGAAUUCAGGACACAUCAGUUAUCCUCUGAUAGUAAAAAGGUGUGGAGGAGGGGAAGUAAUCAAUAUUGUGUAUUGGCCUCUAGCCCUCCAUCUCUAUAAUUUCCAACAAUGUGGUGGUAUAUUAGUUCUGUGCUUCUUAAUCUUGUAUGCUUUUAAAAUAAUAUUAAAGAUUUAAGAUAAGUAUAUCCCUGUUCUGCCCAUCAUUUAGCCAUUGAUAAUGCUAAUAUAUUCCUUACUGCCUGAAAUACUGACACUGCUCUGGCAUGUCAGAAAUCCCAUUUCUGGAACUCUGCAUCUCCUUGAAUUACUUCCUGAAGUCAGGGUACUUGGAAGAGUUUAAAAUAAUUUUUCAAAGAACUAAAUUGUAAUCAGAAGAUCCUGUGCCCCUUUUAACUUUUAAGCAAUGUAUGAGACCAAAUCUCAGCAUAACAGGUAGUGAAGAGGUACCAUCCAUCUCUGUCAAAUGUAACAAAAUGUAUCUUGGAUAUAUCUCUUUCUUUUUUCCACAUAUUAUAUAUACGCAUUGUGUGUGUGUGUGUGAGAGAGAGAGAGGAUGUGAAGUUGCUGAAAUUGAGACAGUGGUCUUUCUAAAUACUAUAGAAUCAAUGGUCACUUCUAAAUCAUUAGUUGGUAGACAUAAUAUGAACACUUACAUGCUAAUUUUUAAAUUAAUUCAGGUAUGAUUGGAAUGCUGUCAAGAACAAACUGGUGACAGAAAUAUCAAAUUCAAUCACUUUUGUUUGUCCAUUGGAAUAAGUAACACAUUGUUCUUCUACAAUACAGCUAUUCUGUGGUGCCUAAUGUUGCUCAUGUUACUUCCUUGUUAAGCAGUAUCAACAGAUUAUGCAGGAGUGCCUCAGUUUAGAAAUCAUGGUGCAAACUCACCCCUGCUAUAAGUGGGCCCAACUCCACUGAUGUCAAUGAAGUUGAGCCCCUGGGCAGUGAAUUUAACCCUAACUCUCCAAAGCUAUAAAAAUAAGAAAUAUGCUUAAAGGCUAUUGAUUUUUAACUAGCAGACAGUAUUGUACAUAAAUACUUACUUUUCCUCUGUCCAGUACAAAUAAUGAGUGCUCCUAAAUGCUUGUUUCAGGUACUCAACGCUUUUCAGGAUCAUUCCCAAAGCUUCGGACAGUUGAUGUGUUAACAAGUUCCUUUGUUAUAUGUUUAAUAAAUACAAUAAUGAAAUUGUUUUCUAAUAUUUUUAUGAUAGUUUGGAAAUGUAGGCCCAGAUCCCCAAGGACAUUUAAGGGAAGCUAGAAGCUUAAAUAUCUUUGUGGAUCUGGGCCCUAUUGCCUGAGGCUCUCCUGCCUUGCAACUAGUGUAAUCAUGUACACUUGUGCAAAGUGGGUGAAAAAUGCUACUAGAUUAGAUAGUAUUUUGCACCCACUUCGCAUGGACAGAAUAAUUACAAGAAGUGCAAGUGCACUCUAAUUAUAAAUAUUUUGGAAAUUACCACACUUUGCUGCAGAUUAUUUGAGCUGCACUGUAUUCCUGUACUACUCUUAACCUAUUUAUAAACUUUUAGGGGGGAGAAUGAUGGGUAAAUUAUCAAACUUUUUAGCUGAUAAAAAGGCCGGAUAACAUAUUCACCACUGUAAACAAAUCCAUAUUUUAACAUAAUUUGAGCUGCUAUUGUUACAUUCUCACUACCAAAAAGAUGUUUUAUAGAUUAUAGCCAUAUAUGGAUUGCUCUUACUGUUCUUAGUUUUUUGACUGAAGACAUGUCUUCAUAAAUAUAACAGUGCUUAUCUUUUCACUUUGUAGUUACAGAUAUUUUUAAAUCACAGGAGGAAAUGGUUAUUGUAUUAAAAACAUAAGUAGGAACUGGAAAUCUAGGCCAAAUUAAUGCCUGAUAUAAGCAGUGUACUUUCCAUUGGUUUCAUCGGGAGCUCCCCCUACUUAUGCCAGGAUUGAAUUUGGGCCACUGUCUAAAAUAGGAAAAUGGAUUUCACUUUGAAAAUAUGUUUAUAAAAAAGUCAGAAAUGUCCAUGUAUUACUGAGUUUUUCUUUUCUAAUGCUAUGCUCUAUAUAUCAGAUGGUAUCUUUCGUUUUGUACUAUACCAUAUAUAACUGUAGUUUUUAUUUUAAAUGUUGUUUGUUUGUUUUGUUUUUGUAAUAAAUGUUAAAAGUUAAUGGUCAGUAAAACUUACUGAAUUGACCAAUGUGAAAAUUA